AUGCGAACGCGAGCUGUGCCGUCUGCCCCGGCCAUCACCCUCCAGUCUCCGAGGAUAUCGCGAUCUGUGUCUGCACCCUUGUGUAGCGCUUCAAGGACGUGGCUGCCCCCGGUCUGCGCCGCUGUUUGUGCUUCCGGUGCUUCACAGUGGCGAGGUGUGCAGCACGCAGCGUGGUCGCAGAGGCGUGGUGCCGGGAUUCCCUUCUUCAGACGCUCGCCUUCUGAGGUCCCAGGUCGCGUGGAACCCUCCAAGGAGGCACACUGGGAGCUCUCGGUCCGACUUGAUGCGCUGAGACUAAUGCAGGAGAUGCGCCUCCCGAAGUUGCAGCCAAGCUCCUUCGUGCAAGGCCUUACAAACGCGGCCGCCGGCUGUGCGGAGUUUCAGACGGAGGACAUGGAAGGGCACUGUGCUCCGGAACAGCUGGAGUUCCUUCGCAGCUUCGUGGCCCACCGCUUCGGCAGCCCGCAGUUUGCGGGCGGCCUGAAGAUUUGCCAAAUAGGUUUCAACGCCGGCCACAGCGCUGCGGCGCUGCUGGACCAGGCACCUGAAGACAGCGUGCUGCUGUCUCUGGACUUGUGCCGCCACGCGUACACGCGUCCGCUGGAGAAGUUCGUCGCAAAGACUGCGCAGGAGCGCGGACAGACGCACAUCCUCCUCGAGGGGGACUCGGCAGAGAUGCUUCCAAGGUUUCGACAUAUUGAGUUCGACCUGAUGUUCAUAGAUGGGAACCAUGCUUACGAGGCGGUAAAGCUGGACAUGCUCCUUUGCCUUCAGAUGGCCCUGCCGGAGUCCGUGGUGCUGCUCAAUCACGUUUUCACCGACAUGGACGAGGCCGUCGCGCCGGCCCGGCAGGGGCCUGCGCAUCCAGCCUCUGUGCGCUCCCUGGUCUCCGAGAAGGAGGCGGUGGUACUAUCCAGUGUAGCCGCAGGCCUUUCACUAUCGACGUGGCGGCGUUCGGGGAGGUGCUCACGUACAUCCGUGUUGCUUACCCGGCGCAUCUCUCCGCGGCAGAUAGCGCGAGAUGAGGCAGACGGAGCAUACUUCAAGCCCCUAGUAGACGGAGACGUGCUGUCUGCUUCGGACCCCCAGCGCCUGGUGGUCGCCGUCAUGAUGGUGCUCCUGUCCGCGGGCCUGCUGCGCGUGGCUUCGCUGUUAGGCCCCCUGAGCUGGCAGGCCUCCUGUUGCUGCUUGCUCGCCCUGGUGCUCGGUGUGGAGUUCGCAGACUUCGGUACCGGCGUCUACCACUUCUCGGUUGAUAACUACGGAUCUGCAGAGACGCCCAUCGUCGGAUCUCAGAUCGAAGCUUUCCAAGGCCACCAUGAGGAGCCCUGGACGAUCACCUACAGAGACUUCUGCAACAACUGCUUCCCAACCUGUCUAGCGACAAUGCCCUUUCUCAUCGCCUUCGAGGUGUUCUGCAGCCAGCCGUACAUCCUCCUUUGGGCAGUCGUUGCUUGUGCAGGCAUUGCCUUCUGCCAGGAGUUUCACAAGUGGAGCCACACGCUCCGCUCGCAAUGCCACCCCUUUGUAAACUGGCUUCAAGACGUUGGAAUUCUGGUGCACCGGAAGGCCCACCUUCGCCACCACAAGGCCCCGUACGAGACCAACUACUGCAUCGUCACGGGCCACAUGAACCCCCUCUUGGACAGGACGGGCUUCUUCACCGGCCUGGGUGCGCUCAUCGCAAGCUGGACCGGC